AUGGCCAAGGUCGGAGUGGUCUUCGCCAGCAGUUACCUCCUGUGCCAGCUGUGGAGGGAGUCGGGCACCUCACAGCCACCACGUCCUACCUUCAGGCCAGGCUCACCUUGGGAGAGGACUGAGCUAGACCAGUCCUUCUGGAAGAACUCCAUUUGGGGGACACUGGAUCAACAAAGGAAUGGGAAGACUGAAGGCAGCCUUUGGUCUCCAAAGAGUCCUGGCAGUGGUGCUUGCUUUGUGACUGUGGGUGAGUUUCUUAACCUCUCUGUGCUUUAUUUCUUAUCCCCUCAGACAAGAACGGUAAUAGGAUCGGCUUCGCCGUGUGGCUGUGAUGAUGAAAUAACAUGGUGCCCAGAACACAGUGCACACUUUGUAGAUGACAUUCACGGCGGCGGCGGCGGCUGCGAUGACAGCAGGGGACAGCUCACUCAGAGGCCCUUUCUGGUUCUGCCCAGUGUCAGAUCGAAAUCCCUUCCAUUCUCUCGGUGGCAAAUCUACUGUCCGCUUUCUGGCCCCAGGGCCACUAGUUUCUGCCUCCCCGCAACGCAUAUUACAGCUGCAGGGCUGCUGGAGGCGGGGCCAGGGAGGAAUUCCCUCAGUGAGCCCUUGAUGGCUGCUGCCUCUUCACAGUGGGCCAGCUUGGCGAGGGAAGCCUGCGUCUCUACUACCUCGUGCCUCUACCUCCCAUGUCCCACCACCACCACCGAGCUCAGAUCCAGAACAAAUGGAGGAAUAGAAAGAACUCCUCAUUCCAGAGUUCAUGUCAACAGGCCGGCCUAAGGACCCUAGCACAGAGGUAACUUGAGUGUUGGAAAGUGGAGACAAGAUCUGUAUAGUUCAAGGUCAUCCUCAGCUACAUAAAGUUCAAAGCCA